CAAAUGGCUAAAGACCGACCACAAUUUCCGAGAAAGGCGCAGAUCACCCAACUCUGUACAAUUUAUACUUUAGAGUACGGUAUUCCCGCUUGUAUCGUAGCGAAGUCGGUAUCGGCAUUUCUUCCUCUCAUAAUUUCUAACCUGGAGUCGUCCACAGUUCAACCAUCUACAGCAUCAAGACGAUGAAGUUCACCGCCGCCUGUGCCCUCACGCUUGGUCUCCUUGUCACACAAGUGAUGGCUGACCCUGAUCCAAUGCGCACCGAUGUAGAGCUUGAGCUUUCCUGCAAGAAUGUCAAGUUCGAUAGACUCACUCUGGAGGAGCAGGAAUUCUCGGCCAAAAUUUUACAAGACACGUACGACGCCAUCCAUCUUAUUGCUGACAAUGGCGAUCAGGAGCUCGGCAACGUCCAUUUUGACCAUCCCGUCAUGAAUGGGCGUUCCGUCAAGGCUGACGGAGAUACCGAGGAAUGGGUGCAACGAUGGAGUAGCAUUAAUGGCGCCUACUUUGGAGGUUGGGUUUGCCGUUUUUGCUACGAUCCAGACGAUUUUGACGAGACUCUAAGCGCCGAGAGUAACAAGAUGCUCGGUAGCAGAAAGACCCAGAAAGAGUGGGAGAAGGCCGUCACCAAGGCGCUCAAGGAUGGUCCCUUCACUACCUUCAGUCGAGCCGAUAAGUGUUCCAUCGACAUGCGUGCCGCCAACGAUCUUGCCGAGACUGUGGUCCAAUUGAAGGUUACGGAAGAGGACGAUCCCGAGCCUAGCGAGACCGAUAUCGAAAUUGAUGUUGGGUGUAAGGGCCUUGACUUUCGCAAGUUUGACCUCCCGAUGGCUGCCUUUUCUAGCCGCGCGCUACAGGAAUCAUUCAAUGAGGUCCAUCAGCUGGCUGACGACGAUGACAAUAUGCUGGACCACAUCCACUUUGGUGGUGCUUUGGACAGUACAUUAGAGACAAACGCCCUUCGUCGUCGAAAACCUUUUCGACGUCACACCAAUCGGUGGAGUAGCGUCAACGGCGCGUACUUUGGAGGCUGGAUCUGCCGUUUUUGCUACGACCCGGAUGACUUCGACGAAACUUUGGAGGGUAUGGUAUCCACUAGCAUGAUUGAGAAAAAGAACAGGAAGAAGAAGAAGCGAGAUAGUAGCGACAUGCACAAGGCCUGGGAAGACAGGUUUCUUGCCAAGCUUUUGGACCAUCCGAAACAAGUGUUCAAGAGCGCCAGGAAAUGUAGCAUCGAUUUUUCUGACAAUUCGGACUGGGCUUACGCUUCUUCCCAGUAAAGAUCACACAGAUCAGAAGGUACCAAGCUACAAAGCAACGUCUCCCGCAAUGAACGGUUGAAGACGGUCGGAGGUUGGGUGGUCGCAGUGGUUGGUUACAGACAAAUGUACACCGUGCCUAUUCCAAGACCUCACGAAUUAAUAAAUAAGUGAAGUAACAUUUCUUAAUCGCAACAUCGUGGCUCCUUGUUUAUGCGUUGCUUUGCUUCAGUCUCGAAUUGCACGUGUCGAAGCCGGUCGUCCGUCCACUAACUGUAAGAUGUAUGAAAGCGGACCGGGAGCAAGAU